CCCCCAAAAAAAAAAAAAAAAAGCAAUCUUUUUCAUUUCCAAUUAUGUCUAAACAGCAAAAGCUUCACAACCCUUCUCCUUCUUCAAUCAUCAUCAACUCUCUCUCUCUCCAGGAUAAAGAGGAAGACAAAGAAUUGGACCUGGGAUCCGAAGAGCCUGAGGCUCCAUUGCCCUUAUCUGUCACUUCCCGGUUGUUGUAUAUGUUGGGGGAUAUCACAGCCGGGCCGGCAUAUAAGUUCACACAAUGGCUGGAAUUGGUCCGUAAACGCAGUGGCCGAUAUCGUUAUUCCGGCUUUCCUCGCCGCCCUUCAGGCCUCGAUCACAUGCUUACUAGUGCAGGAGAAUUUGCCGAUGAUCCUCAAUGUUCUCUGCCUCCUGAGCAGACCACAGAGACCAGCUUGUGGGAAAGGCUUGGUAAAGCUGCUAUGUUGGACAUUGAGUCAAGCUCCUUCUCUUGGGACAUGCUUUCUUCGCUUCACCACACCGAACAUGGUAGUAGCACUGAACAUUCCGAGGAUGAAAUGAACAAAGCCCUUGAGGUCACUGUAAAUUCUGGGGGAGUUGUCUUCUUUGCCCUAUUCAACCAGCCUGGGAAUGGUGAUGAUUCUCCAAAGGAAGCAGCAGCUGUGAUAAAGAUAUCAUCAUCAAGGAUGGCCACACAAUCGGAACGCCUUGGCUACGAAUUUGCAAAGUGGUUAGGUGUUCGAACUCCACAGGCUAGAGUCAUCCAUAAUUCCAGCCCAGAGUGGCUCCAAAUUAAGGAAGCUGCAGAGAAAGCAAGAAAUGCAGCAAGUUCAGAAGGAGAUGAAGUUGGUGGAAUGACUUGUUUAGAACUUUUGGAAGCACUUGAACUUAGCCGAUGCCUUUUUUUUCUGAGUUACGUGCAUGGAUCUCCCUUAAUGGAGUGCUCAAGUGCAUUUGAGUCUCAGGAAUAUUCUGAAAAAACAGCAGCAGCUCUAGGCCGGGUCUUGUUAUUGGACCUUGUUAUUAGAAAUGAAGAUAGACUCCCUUGCCGUCAGCUCAGGUGGCGUGGCAAUUCUGCAAAUUUGUUGUUGGCCGAUAGAACGGCCUCUGCAAAUAUGGAUGCACUAGAGGAAACAUAUGACUCUGCAAUAAAGCGAUCCAGACCAAGGGUGGUUGGAGCAUUUCCAAAAGAGAGAAGGGCAACUUCUGUUGAUAGCAGAUUGAGCCUUCUUAAUUCAGGAUUGGUAUCACAGGCCUCUGGUCUUUCUGAUAUCAUAGAAUCACCAAAAUCUAGUGAGAAGAGCCUAAGAAGUCAAUCAUCAGAUUUAUCCUUCUGUUCUGAUGUCCACAUUGUGGCUAUUGACUCUGGUGUCCCUCGUCGGCCUCCUGCUGGAAAACGUGCAAAUGACCAGGCAAAUUAUCCUAAGUUAGUUGAGUUACUACUUAAUAGCUCUGAAUACUCCUCUAAUCUAUUAUAUGACAUAUCAGGAGGGAAAUUAGGAUCCCCUCCAUCAGAAGAUACAAAUGUAGCAUCUGAUCCAUGGACAAAUGAAAUGACUUACAUUGUUCAUGAAUUCCGUAAUGGGUUCCGCGCUGCUCUUAGGGAUCUACAGGGGUUUCAGAUAUUCAUGCUCACACUUCACCAAAAACUGGAAUGCUUGUUACGAGCAUUUUUGAAUAUUAUAAAUAAAAUGUCCUCGGGGGAGUCUGACAAAGAGGAUUUAGUGGUUCCUGGGUCACCCUUGAGUAAGGAACGAUUUAUCAAUGAUCCAGAAUUUAUUGAAUCAGAAUUGCAGAGAACUGCUUCAAAGUCAUCAUCUUCAGGAAAUAAAGAAAGCUCAGGCUCCAGCUCUCCCGUGACAAGAGAAAAUUGGCAUGGAAAGUUUCCCAAAGGAAGUGGGGAGCCUGUUCGUAGCCUGCGUUUGACAGCAAAGUUGCGUGACUUCCAGAAAUUUGCCAAGGUUGAUGCUGAAUCAAACAAAGACUUGGAACAGUGGAAUGAAAUGCUAAGAAAUGAUGCUGUUAGACUCUGCCUGGAGAACAAUUUCAAUACAGGGUUUUUCGAGGGUAGUGAUAAUAAUUGUGUUAUUGAUGCUUACGAAUUGAAGGUCAGACUGGAGCACAUUCUUGAGAGAAUUGCAUUGAUAUCUGAGGCUGCAAAUACAGAGAGGCCAUCUUCAGUUACAAGUAGCCUAUUCAUUGGAGGUUCCUUGGCUGCAAGAUCUGUAUUCACACUGCAACAUUUAGGAAUUACUCAUAUAUUGUGUUUGUGCUCAAAUGAAAUUGGACAGUCAGAUUCUCAGUUUCCUGAUCUGUUUGAAUACAGAAAUUUUUCUAUAUGUGACAGUGAAGACGCAAACAUUAGCAGCAUCUUUGAAGAAGCUUCCAAUUUUAUUGAUCAUGUUGAGCAAAUAGGUGGGAGAGUUCUAGUUCAUUGCUUUGAAGGGAGAAGUAGAAGUGCCACAUUGGUGAUAGCUUACUUAAUGCUCAGGAAGAACUUAACUUUGUUAGAAGCAUGGAACGGCCUCAAACGAGUUCACCGCCGAGCCCAGCCUAAUGAUGGGUUUGCUAAGGUCCUAUUGGAUCUGGAUCGGAAACUACAUGGUAAGGUUUCCAUGGAGUGGCAAAAACGAAAGCCAACAAUGAAAGUUUGCCCCAUUUGUGGGAAGAAUGCUGGUCUCAGCAGCAGCUCACUUAAGCUUCAUUUGCAGAAAUCACACAAGAAGCUGUCAUCAAGGAGUGUGGACAGUGCCAUGAACAUGGAAAUACUAAAGACUUUGACAGCACUGAAAAUUAGCCGUGGUGGGAGUGUCAGCCCUACACACAGGCAAUCUCACUCAGUAAUGGAUGAUUUAGCUUAGCAAUUGCCUUCAUAUCAACAUGAGGAAAAUAUGGAGAAAUUCUGAGGAUCGUUGCUCUUCUUAAACCAUGAACUCUACUAGACCAAUUGUAAGUAGUAACAACACUCAUUUUACAAUUCUCUGCUACCUCUAAAUAUACGUACACAAGUGAUCAGUUUAUACAACAAUUGCAUCAGUGAAAUGUACACCUGCCUCUAUAACGUUCAUUCUUGGAAUCAAAAUUCUUGCAGUGGCAAUGGUAUUGAGCGUAGAAAAUCUCAGAUGCAAUAUUUGCAUAAACUGAUCACUUGCAUACAUAUUUUCAGAGAUGGUAGAGAAUUGUAAAAUGAGCAUUGUUACAGUUCAGAAUUGAUCUAGUAGAGUUCAGGUACAUACAGAAUUUUAGUUGUAUGUGUAGGUACAUCUAGGAUUUUAGAUGUAUUACUAUGUGUGGUACAUACCUUAUCAAGUGUAAGGAUGCUAAAUCAUAAUCAUAUAAAUUAGUGAUUUGUAUAUUUA